UUAUAUAUAAAAGAGAGUUUCCUCUCUCCAGGACGCGCCACGUCAGCGGCCAGCUAGAUAAGUCGAUGCCUCUCAUCGCGACACGUGUCGCGUGCGAACGAAACUAUGUGUUUCAUUUAUCUGAGAAUCGUAUUGGGUUUUCCUUAUUUCUUACGUCUUGCGCUCUAUGUCUAUCGUUCGCUGCGGCCCAAUAGAUAUUACGCGACCUCUAACCCUAAUUGCUCAAUCACGUGAAAUCCUUUCGUUCCUCUCUUUCUGCAGCGGCGAUGUAUGACGUCUGCUAUACCUUUCUCUUGAUUGAAACGGCCGGAGUUAUGGAUCCGUCUUUAUUCCAAUUUAAUUCAAUCGUCCACUACAGACUCUUUGCUGCGCCGUUCGUAUCUCAUGGGCGGUGUGGAUCUGUAUAAAUAUGUAAGUACUUCUUAUCUCAGUCUCAUACUCUCUUUAUCCCGGCGAUGAUGAAGAGGAAACUGAGGACCGUAAAAUCUUCUCCGAUGACGAGGAGUACAAAGUGUUCCGCGACUUUAAGAUCCAGGCCUGAAAGAAUCGGGGUUUUUUUGAAGAAGAUCCCUUCAGGUCCAUCUUCCCCCUUACUGAUCUGGAAGAACCUUGGAUCGACAUGACCACAAGGGAAUAUUUGGAGUCUAUUGUCUCCUUAUGUGUUAAGAAGCUCAACGAGGAGAAGAAUACAACCGAUUUGUAAGCAUCCCGAUGGUCCUCUCAUGGAGUAUCAAGCCAAGGCCAUGGAUUUUGGAGGAAAACCUCCUUUUCCCAUCCUCUGCAGACCAGCUUCUACCAUAUCCUAAGCUAAGACUUGCAUAGAUUUGGUAUGCUGGUGGUUGACUACGAGGAAGACCAAUCAUAAUGUAUUGAAAUGAGACUUUUAUGAGUAAGCUGAGUCCCAAGUGGAUUUAGGUUGUAUUGAUGCUAGCUAUAUGUCUUUUGCGUUGAGACUUAUGGAUUUAAUAUUGUUGAGACUUAUUGAUUUAAUAUUAUGGAUUUUAAUGAUGGUUGUUAUAUUAUGUUUGAUGUUUAUUUUAUAUCUUGGAUACUUUUUUUUUGAGCAAAAAUAUCUUGGAUACUUAAAUGGAGAGGAUACCCUUAAUCAUUCGUUGAGUGAGAACGGUUACCUGAGGUAAAAUUGUAAAAGAUAAAAAACUGAUGAAUAUAACUCAUAACGUUAUGAUGUUUAUUAGUUUCUCUUUAUUUGGAGUACUGAAUUUGUUGAUACUUUUGUAUUUCGGACGUUCACAUGAUGCAAUUUUCCAUUAGUAGAUAUAUACACUUAAAUAUAAUUAUGUACAAUAUAUAUAAAUUUGGUUAUUAAUUUUGACGAUGAAGCGAACGUCUUGAUAAAUAUGAAAAUAUUAGACUGUUAAAGAUUUGGCAAAAAAAUAUCUUCCAAUUCAAUGAACAUGAGUUUUUAAAAAUUGUUGACAAGUAUUCAAGCAUGUUCAAAAGAUUGUUCUCAAAGAGAUGACUGGAUUUAGUAAUUUAAAACAAAAUAAAAUAAAAGAAAAGUAGAAACAAAAAUAAUAAUAUUUCGAAAAGAGUUUGGAUUUAAGAAGUCGAAACAUAAGCUAGACAAAAUAAAAAUAAAGAAAAUUGGAAAGAAAAGUUGAUGAAACUAAACAGGAAGUGUAGGCCAAAUUUACUUCUUCUUUUUCUCAAGCAAAUGGUCUCGAUAAAAGAUGUCGUUAGUGGUUCCUGUAAUUAUGAUCCUCCCAUGACAUGCAACUCUCCAGUUGACUCCCCAUGAUAAAAGUCCGGCAGGUGUUCCUCCCACGGUUGAGUGUAGGUUAUUGCGUUUCUGGGAGGUCAAGAAUCUGAAGCGAGGUGGUGAACUCAGGCGGUGUCUUAUAUAAACAUAAACAAAACAUCUUUUAAAAAAUGAAUUCAUCUUGCUUUUUUUUUAUAAAAAAUUUCACUCUUCUGAUGUUUUUAUUGAAUUACAAAUAAAAGAUAUUUAUAUACUAUCAUCAAAUUCAAUACACAUUAUAUAUCAAAUAACUUAAUUAAGUAGAUGAAAUUUAAUUAACAUAUAUUAUAAAGUUAUUUUUUUAGACGACAGAAACAACUAUUAUAAACAAGCAAAAUAUAUCUUAUCACAUAUAAAUCUCUCACCUAAAAUUUUCUAAAAGAAAAAAAUCAUUAUCUACACAUUUUUUUCAAAUGCAAAUCUAAAAACAAAUUACAAAAUCAUACAAAAAGUAGAUCACAAGUAAAGCAUAUCCCGCCCGUAGGGCGGGCCGAUCCUAGUAAAUAAAUAAAAAAAUGUUGUGUUUCGAAAAAUGUGAAAAACAAAAAAACUCUGAAGCUGGGAUUCUCGGAUGAAAGAUUACGACGGAUUGUUGUAACCUCCAACGUGGGAUGAAAGUGGACUUGUUGUAACCUUGUUGUGACACCAACUUCGGAGGUUUCAACAAUCCGUCGUAUUCGGCUUUCAUCCGAAAGACCCGAGUUCAAGUACCGGCGGAGUUUUUUGUUUCUUACAUUUUUUAUUUAUUUAUUUGUCAAAAUAAUGGUUCAGUACACACCAGUGGACUUGAGCCGCAACAAGGUCGCUUGAGCGUCGUUCGGUGGACCAAUUGCAGUCAUUCGAGAUGACUCCAAGAUUGUUCAACUAUAUGCUGAAUCUGCACUAAGAAAGCUCUGUAUCUUUAACUCAGCUGGUGUACUCCUCUCUGAGACUGUUUGGAAUCACCCUGGUGGACGACUCAGUGGCGGAGCUAAACCUAUGUUCCACAUAGGUCAUAAUUCAAUUAUUAUAGAUAAAAAAAACAUACAUGAGAGUUGAACCCAUGACAUGUGGGUCAAACUUAGAUAUUUUAACCAAUUUACCACAGCAGCAACAUUGUAGAUGCACAUAAAACUUAAUAUUUAUAGGUUUCACAUGGGUCAAUUGACCACCCUCUCUCCAAGGUGGCUCCGCCUGGACGUCUUAUUGGAGUGUCCUGGUCUGAUGAUCAGAUACUGAUAUGCAUUGUCCAAGACGGCACCAUCUAUCGUUACAACGUCCACGCAGGGCUUGUGGCGCCUAAUGUGUCAAUGGGUAAAGGUUAUAAUUUGAACAACGUAGGACUAAAGGUUAGUAUAGAAAUUAGUUUGAUUGAGAUAUUUGGAUGAAUAACAAGUAGAUAUUUUAGGUGUUUGUUUUGAGUACUUUAGGUUAUUUUUAAAUAUUUAUUUUUUACUUUUUGGGAUAAUAUUUGGAUACUUUAGCAUAUUUUGAAUAAUUAAUAUAUUUAAAUAUAUAACUAUAAGGUGGAUAUCUUCUGAUAUCCUAAAUAAUUUAGGAUAUCAGAAGAUAUCCACCUUAUAGUUAUAUUAAUAUCACGGUUUGAAUCGGUUCUAAUUUUUCGGAUAUUAAAAUUAUGGAUUAAUUCGGAUAUUUAAUAUGUUUCGGUUCAAUUCGGUAUCGGAGUUCAGAUAGAUAUUUUGCUCAUCCCUAGCAAGACCUAAUACACUUAGGGUUUUGUGUUUUUUUCUUGUCUCAGAGAUUGAUCUGGAGAUGUCUUCCCCGACCAAGCCAGAGCCGACAUGUCUGAUCAUGUCACUCCCAGACGAAGUUGUAGUUGACAUCAUAGCGCGUGUCUCCACACGCUUUCAUCCGUCCAUCUCUGCCGUCUGCAGGCGUUUCAGAUCACUUGUUACGUCGCCUGAACUUUACAAGGCGAGAAGAUCCUUGUCGGGCUGCAAUGAACAUUGUCUGUAUGUUAUUCUCCAGAGCUUCGGUGAGAAUUCCGAAACCCGUGUAUAUAAUCUCCGCCGAAAACCCGACGGGGGUCACCGCUUGGUCCUUGUCUCGUCGCUUCCUGCUAUGCCUCACGAAGCAAGCUUUGUAGUGGACGGUUCAAGGAUACAUGUGUUCGGUGGGUUUAGCCUUUAUGACCGUAGUGAACGGAAUGCGUUAAGCAUAGACUGCAGAUAUCACACGGUGCAGCCCUUACCAACCAUGCCUAAACGCAUGAUUGGCACUCCUCUCGCUCACGUGAUGGAUGGGAAGAUCUACGUGUUUGGAUAUACUAAUUAUUACAACAAGGUCACGGCUGUGUUCAAUACGUUGACACAAACGUGGGAGCCUGAGAUGACAAAGCCACGCAUCGAACUACGCCAUGUGUUGAAUGGACCGGAUGGUUAUGUUAAUAGCAUUGUUUACGAUGGUACCAAGGAAACUAAAUGGGAAACGGAGUGGAUGCUGAAGUUCAACAAGUGGAAGAGCGUGUGUGUCAUUGAUGAUGUGUUCUACUCCUAUGAUUGUCUUUACAACAAGUUAAAAGCCUAUGACACAAAACUUAGGUGUUGGAGUGAGGUGAAAGGUGUUAAAACAUUGUUGCCCACUAACAAAAGUUUAGUUUGGUGGCCACGCGUUGUGAAUUACGGUGGGAGCUUGCUUUUCUUGUAUCAGAAAAGGAUUUGUAGAAUAGAAGAGCAUUGGUGUGCGGAGAUUGCAUUGGAAAGACGUCAAGAUGGUGAGAUUUGGGGUAAAGUCGAGUGGUCCGAUGUUGUAAUUGUCGGUGAUUUUUGCUUAAUAGAAUCUCUAGUUGCUACGUUUUGAUGCAUGUUCUCUAGAUGCUAUGUUUUGAUGCAUGAAGCUCUCCUUCAUAUUACUUAAGACUGUGCUUUUUUUUUUUUUUAGUUUGGGUAUUUUAAAACUACGAAGAGG